AUGAGGCUUAUUUCCGUGUUAGCAACGCUGAUAUUGGGAGUUUCGGCUGGUGAUGUGUUGCAAUACACCGAUAGCAAUUUCGACGAACUCAUCAAAUCUCAUGAAGUCGCUCUGGUGAAAUUCUACGCUCCCUGGUGUGGCCACUGCAAGAAAAUGGCACCGGAAUUCGAGAAGGCAUCCACGAAGCUGAAGAACAACGAUCCUCCUAUCACUCUGAUCGAGGUAGAUUGCACCGUCGAGAAAACCACCUGCGACAAAUUUGGAGUGAAGGGAUUCCCCACUCUAAAGAUUUUCCGCCACGGUUUAGAGGCUCAGUCUUACGAGGGACCUCGAGAUGCCGAUGGAAUCAUUAAGUACAUGCGCGGACAAGCCGGUCCAUCCGCCAAGGAACUCAAGUCUCUAGAAGAGUUCAAGAAAUUCAUUUCAGGAGAUGAGAAUGCUGUAGUUGGCUUCUUUGAGAAUGAGAGCAAGUUGAAGGAUUCAUUCCUCAAGGUCGCCGAUACCGAGCGCGACCGCUUCCAGUUUGGGUAUUGCUCAAAUGCUGCAGUACUCAAGGAAACUGGAUACACUGAUGACAUCGUUGUGUUCACUCCGAAGAAACUUCACAACAAAUUCGAUCCCAACGAGUUCAAAUACGACGGGAACUACGAUACUGACAGAAUCAAGAGCUUCCUUGUUCAUGAAACUGUUGGGCUGGCUGGUAUUCGCACCCAAGGCAAUUUGUUCCAGUUUGAGCAAAGGCCCAUCGUUGUAGUCUACUAUAAUGUCGACUACUUGAAGGAUCCCAAAGGUUCUAACUACUGGCGAAACCGUGUUUUGAAGGUUGCUCAGGACUACAAACGUAAGGUUCAUUUUGCUGUUUCGAGCAAGGAAGAGUUCUCCUCUGAGGUUGACCAAAAUGGGCUGUCUGAGCGAAAGGACUCAGAUAAACCCAUUGUUGCUGCUAUCACCAACGAGGGCAAGUUCCCAAUGAAUAACGAGUUCAGCGUAGACAACCUCAAAGCGUUUGUUGAAGAUCUUCUUUCUGGUAAGCUCGAGCCUUACAUGAAAUCUGAGCCGAUUCCCGAAAACACCGGCGCUCUCAAGACUGCUGUCGCCAAGAACUUCAAGGAACUGGUAAUGGAUGCAGAUCAAGACGCUCUUAUUGAGUUCUAUGCACCAUGGUGCGGACAUUGCAAGGCUCUUGCACCUAAGUAUGAAGAACUUGCGACUAAGCUAGAAAAGGAGGAUGUUCUCAUCGUGAAGAUGGAUGCAACUGCCAACGAUGUGCCUCCUCUCUUCCAAGUUCAAGGAUUCCCAACUCUCUACUGGUUACCAAAGAAUAAGAAGGAUUCUCCAGUCCCUUACAGUGGUGGACGUGAAGUGAAGGACUUCAUUAAUUUCAUCGCUAAACAUUCUACUGAUGGUCUCAAGGGUUACUCGCGCGAUGGCAAGAAGAAGAAGAAGGAAGAGUUGUAA